AACGUCUCAACCAAUAACACACAAUAACUCCGCCAUUUCAUAACCCUUUUCAGCUAUGAAGUCCGCUCUCCUCCGAACCGGCUCCGUUCCCCUCCUCUCUCCCACCACCACACCUUCCUCCUCCUUCUCCAACAACAAACAACCGUUGUAUGGACUUUUCUCCUCCCACAACAGCUCCACUUCAUCUCCCAGAUCAAUCUCUCUACAUUAUUGCACACGAAAUCAUUCUAAUCAUAUCCGAAGAGCAGCGUCCGAGAGCGACAUCGUACGAUCACUGCACCAGGUUUCCAAUACGUCCGAUCAAUUUAGUGGACUCGCAUCUCGGUCUCGAUCUCGUUCUUCUUUUCCUUCCAAAAUUCCAGAGGAGGAGUUUCUAAACGAGGAUCAUGAUCAAAUAUUCGACGGUGAUUCCAUGGAGGAGGAUAAAGUAUUUCUCAAUUCCCCAAUCGGAAUUAAUGACCGUAGUAAGAUCGGAGCGUAUUACGAACAUAUGCUGAAAUUAAAUCCUAGCGACGCUUUAUUACUAAGAAACUACGGAAAAUUCCUACACGAGGUAGCGAAUGAUUCAAAACGAGCGGAAGAAUGUUACAGCAGAGCAAUACUAGCAAGUCCAACAGACGGUGAAUUACUGGCACUAUACGGGAAAUUAGUAUGGGACACUCAAAGAGAUAAACAAAGAGCUCAAUAUUACUUCGAUCGCGCUGUUUAUGCUUCUCCUAACGACUGUUUGGUGACAGGACAUUACGCUCAUUUCAUGUGGGAAGUUGAAGAGGAUGAGGCUGCUGCCUCGGCGGAGGAUUCAGCGGCGGGUAUGGUAAGGGCUUAUUGAUGGAUGUUGAAGAAAUUGGGUUUAGGAGAGAAAGAAGUAAGAAAAGGAGUGGGCAUUUGAUUAUUUCAAGAGGGGAAUAAAUCUUUUCUCUAUUUUAAUUCUAUACUUGAAAAGCUCUUUUACACAUAGAUAUAUUUUCAUUUUUUCUUCUUUUGUUACGUUGUAAAAGUGUAAAGUUAUAAAUUUUUUUGGGAAAGUUUAAUAUCGACGUUUACUUAACAAUUCGAUGCCUAAUGUAAAAAGCAGUCCGAAUAAUAAAAAUGGCUCACAUUUCUUUUUUUCCUA